GCACCGCAUCUAUCCCGAACUGGUGCGCGUGAGUCGUGCAGGGGUCUGUGGAAUGGCGGGGCAGGUGGCGGCCCUUUCUGGCGCAGCAGUAGGGCUGCUGGAGGGGCUGCAGGCCACAAUGGAGUAUGCAAACACGCUGCUAGACGUGCUGCGGGCGCUGCCGGUGGACGGGCGGGCAGAGGUCUUCGGCGAGACGUUUUUGCGGAGGCUCGCCGGCUGCCGCCUCGCCUGCCGCGAGCUGCAGCAGUUCCAUGACAGCACCAUCACGCAUGUGCGCUUGCAGCCUCCCGCACAUCAGCAGCCCGGGCGCGCCUCGCCUCUCGCGAAGUUCGUUCGCUGCAGCCGACUAGACGUGCACGGCGCCUCCUACCAUUACGACCCAAUGACCUGCGCGCUGGCUGGCACCACACCGGAAGCAAUGGCGCGGAUUACGCACCUCGCUAUCAGCGGCUAUGCGUCCGAUCAGCGGCACUUCGCAGAGGGGGUGGUGGCGCACCUCCCGUGUCUGGAGGAGUUGAAGCUGGCAUGGAACGCGGGCGUCACACGCCACAAGCAGCCGGACGGCAUCUGCAGCCCGUUAGGCGCCGGCAUGUCGGCUCUGCAGCGGCUGACUCUGGAGCGAGUGACGGGGACUGACGUCGCCGGCCUUGGCGCGCUGGCUGCCUGCCCCCGGCUGCGAGAGCUCGCCCUUGGCAAGGUGUCGGCCAGCUGCAGUGCCGCCAACGCCCGCGCCGCGCUGGAGGGCCUGGCGCAGCUGCAGCGGCUGGAGCGCCUCACGCUGGCCGGCAGCUUCUUCCAGCGCCGUGGUGGCGGGCGGCUGUUGACCAAGCUGCUGGUCAGCCAUCGCCCGACCCAGUUGCGCACCCUGGUGCUGCUGGGUUUCAUUGACACCGUCCGACAGGAGCCGGUGCUUGAGGUGGGAUUCGCGCCAGUCAUCGGCGUGGACGAUGUAGACGUACCCGAGACGGCGGCGGCCAGCCCCGGCAUAAUGAGCUGCGUGCAGCUCUUCAUGGAAGAGACCAAGCGCAAUGAGCCGCUGCUGGUGUCGGCGCUCCUGGCAGCAGCGGACAGCCUGCAGCAGCAGAGCAUCCCCAAGCUGCUCAUCCGCAACCAGUGGAAUGCCUGGGAGCUGGCAGGCAGUGGGCUGUGGUCCGAGGCCGCCCUGCCGCGGCUGCUGGCCCGCUGCGCGCUGGUGGAUUUGGAGCGCCUGCCUUCUGACAUCACUUCAGACCGGCCGGCCGAGGUGCUGUCGGCGGUACGACUGAUGGGGCUGCCGCGUGUGCUGGAGCUGAAGCACGGCGCUUUGCCGUGCCGCGACGCAGUGCUUGGCCCCAGCGACACAGCAGAGAUGGCGGCGGCAGCCGCAGCUACCGGCGCAGCUGCUCGGGGGCCGGGUGGGCGGGAGUUGGGGCUCAUGCUGCAGCAGCUUGACCUGCUGGGUGGCACCGGAGGUGGGGACGGCAGCGGCGGCGCUGCCGGGACGGCGGCCAGCUUUGGUGGCGCCGGGCAGCUGCUGCACCUGGACACCGCCAGUCCGGGGGAGGUGCUGCGGGAGGCGGUGGAGCGGCUGUGGGCGGAGGCGGCGCUCGCCAGCGGUGCCGAGGCAGCGGCGGCGGCGGGAGGUGGCGCCGCCAUCGUUGCCGAUCGCAGUGGCGGGCGCGAGGGCGCGGCGGGCAGCAGCAGCAGCAGCAGCAGCAGCAGCAGCAGCAGCAGCAGCAGCAGCAGCAUCGGUGGCUGCGGCGGCGGAGGCGGCGGCUACGGCAUGCAUCCACUGCCGCCAGGCCUGUUGCUUCUGCGAAGCACGCUUCCACCUGUCCUGGAACGCAGCGGCCGUUUUGCAGACAUGGAUGACGCGAGUUGGCGUGACUGGCUGGAGGACAUGCUCCACUCGGGCUUCGCCGCCCCUGGGGCUGCUGGGUCGCAGCCAGCAGUGACGCCAGCAGCCCCGGGGCCGGCCCUUGCGUGUGAGGAACUGCCUCUCAGGGUUUACAGCUACACCCUUGACAGCAUGCACGUGGCGGCGCCAGCGGCAGGUAUGCUACUGCUGAAAUGCCGCUCGGAGGCGGACGCGGCGACGCUGGCCGCGAUGGUGCCUGCUGCAGCUGAAGGCGCGACCCGCCGCUUCUCGGCGAUUCAAGUUCCGCCGGAUGCUGGCCGGUCCUCUGAACGCAUGCUCGAGUCGCAGGUUCUUCAGGUGCUCAAAGACUUGUGGGCCCGGUCUGGAGCAGCAGGCGCCACCAGCAGUGGAGGCGCAGGUGGCGGCGGCGGUAGUGGCGGCGGCAGUAGCAGCGGCGGCAGUAGCAGCAUCGGAGACCCGGCUCCAGCUCCGCUGUGCGGGGGCAGCCGGGUGAGCGAGGAGGCGCUGGGGCUGCUGCAGCGGCUGCUGGAGUUGGACCGCGACGUCCGGGAGCUGUGGUCAAACAUUGAAUUCACGGAUGGAAGCAGCAGCGGCGAUACGUAUGGCUAUGACUCCGAUGAUGGCUACUACCGGUACGGCUUCAAGGAUUACGAUGACGACUCCGACUAUUGCACAACAACAUCCAACGACUCAUACUGCUGAUAGAUUCAGCAGCUGCACGGAGUGAUACCGUGUGCGUGGGUGCGGUGACGAGGUCCGUCCAAGCUGGCAACGGCUGCUGCCUAUCUGCUUUAAGCUAGCGGCAGAGAAUGUGUGACGCAAGCGGUACGGCUUCUUCCGCCGUGGCGAUGCCUGGCUGCGGGCGUGGGGCGGAGCCCGGCGGGGGGCAGUCCUGCUGGGGCCAGUACAGGACAGUACAGUGCGGGCGCCGAUGGGCAAGGGAAGCGAGGGCAAGGCGGCAGGGGCCAGUGGGGGGUCAAUGACAACUGAGAGAUGCGCCGCCAGCGCCGAUGGGCGGGCGCCGAGGUGAAGGGGGGUCAAGCGGGCUAAGGACAGAUGAGGAUGGAGGAAUGGGCAACACUGGGCAUGUGGAUUGCUGGGACAAUUCAGUGAAAGGCGUACAUGGGUACGGUACACAGCAACGCUGCGGAAUCGGUUGGCACCUGGCGCCUGCAUACAUGGGAGGGCUGGUUGGAAGCGCUGUUGAGUUAUACGGUAAGCACAGUCACAAAUUUCGGACUGACUGGAGGCGCAGAGGUGACGUGGACGGGGUUGCUUCCAAUAGGCGAAUGCGGCCGGCUUGGGGCAGGACGUACGUACCAGGUUGCGGUGUCGUCUACGAAGCGUACCACACCGAUGCCAUGUAGCGAUAGUCAGGGUGCCUGUGGUUGUCUGGAGUUGAGAAGGAUUUGUGUGUGUAUGUGUGUGUAUGUGUGGGUAUGUGUGUGUCAGCAUCGCGGUACAAGGCUGUGCCGAAGCGACACGUGUGGCUCUUGGCGACCGCGCGCCUCCUCAAAGCGUGGGCUGCAGCGGUAGGCGACAAGCCGACAUCUGUAUUGCAACAGGUUGGGGGCAUAUGUUUAGAGGUGUGGCACGAAGGCCAAUCAAAGUACCGGAUUGUGGCGCGGGAGUGUGUGCGGUGGGAAACCGGUAACCUGCGCUUCCUGACACUACCACCCGACAAGCACCUACAAGUAUGCAAACGCUUACUGCCAUGGCUGGCGUGGGAAGUGACGAGGGCGGUGGUAUUGCGCGGCCCUGGCUGCUGAUGAUGUUGCAUGCACGCAUUCUCUCCCGGCCCCAAGGGGCCCAGCCACUGUGGGGCCCAGCCCAGACCAGAAUUCCAACCAGGGCGCGCUACCUGCAGCAGAGUUCUGUAUAAAGAUGCAAUUUUUUUGUAAGCGCUAGUGUUU